AGCUAGCUUAGCCUGACUGAAAAAUAUCAUUAGCAGCGCUAGCGCUUCAGCAAAUUCUAGCUAACUAGACGCCGUGUAACAACUUCAGGCCAAUAGUUGCAGAAGGAGUUAAUGAUUCCUGAAGGACACUGACCGCUUUAUUGAGAGAGAAACAGAGCCAGUUUGUGUGUGAGCGUCUCAGUCUGAGUGCAGCCAUGGCCAAGCUGGUGGAGUGUGUGCCCAACUUCUCCGAGGGACGAAAUAAAGAGGUGAUUAAGGCCAUCGCCGAUGCCGUUUCUGCUACAGAGGGUUGCAGUGUGCUGGACGUGGACCCUGGAGCCUCCACUAACCGCACCGUGUACACAUUCGUGGGUUCGCCUCAGGCUGUGGUGGAGGGAGCGCUGAAUGCCGCACGUGCUGCUUUCACCCUCAUCGACAUGACCAAGCAUAAGGGUGAGCACCCACGGAGCGGCACUAUGGACGUGUGUCCCUUCAUCCCAGUGCAGAACACCAGCAUGGAGGAGUGUGUGAUGUGUGCUAACGAGUUUGGGAGGAGAUUAGCAGAGAUGCUGCAUGUACCAGUGUAUCUGUAUGGAGAGGCAGCGAGGAAUGAAAGCAGACGUUCUUUGCCGUCUAUCCGUGCAGGAGAGUAUGAAGCUUUACCAGAGAAGCUGAAGAAGAGUGAGUGGGCUCCAGACUUCGGACCAGCUACGUUUGUCCCUUCUUGGGGCGCCACAGUCACCGGAGCACGAAAAUUCCUCAUCGCUUACAACGUGAACCUGCUGAGCACCAAGGAACAAGCUCACCGAAUCGCUCUGGACAUCCGGGAGCAGGGCAGGGGCAACGGACAGCUCGGGCUGCUGAAGAAGGUGCAGGGGAUGGGCUGGUAUCUGGACGAGGCGAACCUAGCUCAGGUCUCCACCAACAUCCUGGACUUUGAGGUCACGCCGCUCCACACCGUCUACGAGGAAAUCUGCAGAGACGCAAGAGAGUUAAAACUGUCGGUGGUCGGCUCUCAGAUUGUCGGUCUGAUUCCUCUUAAAGCGGUGCUGGACUGCGCAGAGUUUUACAUUCAGAAAGAGAAACUCUUCAUCUUAGAAGAGGAGCACAAAGUGCGGCUGGUCAUCAGUAAACUGGGUUUGGACUCUCUGGGGCCGUUUGUUCCUAAAGAGAGAAUCAUUGAGUACAUGGUAGAAGCCAAUCAGAUCGAGGGACAGUUGGCGUCUCUUUCUCUGCAGCAGUUUGUCCAAAGUGUUGGUGCUCGAACCCCAGCACCUGGAGGGGGCUCCGUUUCUGCAGCGAUCGCUGCCAUGGGUGCGGCUCUGGGCUGUAUGGUGGGACAGAUGACGUACGGUAAGAGGCAGUUUGAGGAGUUGGAUGGUGUGAUGCGGAGACUCAUCCCUCCUUUCCACCAGGCCAUGAAAGAGCUGCUGCUGACCGUCGACGCUGAUUCUACUGCCUUCAACAGCUACAUGGCUGCACUGAAAAUGCCCAAAAGCACAGCGGAGGAAAUUCAGAGGAGACACGAGGCCAUGCAGGAUGGACUGAAGAAAGCCGUCAGCGUCCCCAUGUCCCUGGCUGAGAGAGUGACGGUGCUGUGGCCCACACUGAAGGAGCUGGUGAUGUACGGCAACCUGGCCUGCAAAUCAGACAUCCAGGUAGCAGCUAAAGCUCUAGAGAUGGCUGUGUUUGGUGCUUACUACAAUGUCAUCAUCAACCUCAAAGACAUCAGUGAUGAGAUGUUCAAGAGCACCAUGGAGCAGAGAGCGUCUGCACUGCUGAAGCAGGCCACAGAGAGUGUUCAUGAGGUGCUGGAGGCCGCCAGCAAACGCCACUGAACGAACACACACACACACACACACACACACACACACACACACACACACACACACACACACAGCACUGUUCCACUGCAUGAUCAUUAAUGAUCUGUGAUCAGCUUAGGAAUCUCUCACACCCAGGCUUUAAACACUGUUUAAUAAAAAUCAUUUGACACAUAGAGUCUGAUUUCAGCACUGAGUCUGAUCUAGUGUUACACACACACACACACACACACACAGCAGCCUUACACUGACCAAGCCUUCCACACUGUUUACCAGUAACCGUCAGUAAAAUGCCAGGGGGGGGGUGAAAACUUUUGCACUAAACUAUCAACUGAUCCUGGUCGUUUAGCAGACAGACAGACAUAUAGCUACACAGACAGACAGAUAAAUAGAUUUAAAUAAAGACAGACAGACAGAUAGAUAUACAGACAGCUACACAGAUAGACAGAUAAAUGGAUUUAAAAAAAGACAGACAGACAGCUACACAGACAGACAAAUAGAUUUAAAAAAGACAGACAGACAGCUACACAGACAGACAG